UCAGUCAAUUCCGGUCAUUCAGUCAGUGCGCGCGCAUUUGAAGCGACUGUUUAUUUUUGAAACUGAAAUGUAUGUUGGACUACUAUCGAAAAUGUUUGUACGCAAAGUGAAUAGGUGAUAAAUUGACAGUGCGAAUCGAUUUACAGAACAAGUGCACAUACUUCUAUAAUAAAAAAAUUAAUCGUCGGUUAGUGCUGCUGAUUUGUGUCGAAAGUAAUUAACUAUAAUUACUUUCUGUUUCUAUUGAUUGAUUUGUGAACCGAUUUUUUUCUUAAAAAAAUCAAAAGAAAAAAGAUUUCAAUUGGUCAUCGUUCUGGAAUUAAACAUUGUGUUCACAGUAUACUAUCAAGAUGACUUGUGGAAUAUCCUUAGUUGACAAAGCACUAAACAAAUCGUUUGGACGAUUAGGAGUAUUUAUUGGACAUCAUCCUGGAUAUUUUGUGAUAAUUCCGAUUUUGCUGACAAUGUUCUUCGUAACUGGAAUUCAACAAUUAAAAUAUCAAAUGGAUCCAGAAUAUCUGUUUUCGCCAGUAAAUGGCGAAGGUAAAGCAGAACGUGCCAUUGUAGAAUCAUAUUUUAAAACCAAUUACACACAUCGUUUCGAUGCCUCACGAAUCACAAGACCCGGUCGUUUUGGUCGUGUCAUCAUAACACCGCAUGAUGGAAUCAAUAACUUAAUACGACCGGAGAUAUUUAAAGAACUGCGAAUAUUGGAUCAACUGAUACAAAACACAACGGUUUAUCAUGAUGGUGAAGAAUUUAAAUACGCCGAUGUCUGUGCGAAAUGGCAAGAUGAAUGUUUCAAUAAUGACAUACUUGGUUUGGAUAAAAUCAUGGAUGAGAUUAUAUCUAAGAAAACAAAUUUAACGUUUCCAUUCAUGAUUAACCCAGUUACGUGGGACUUACAUCUGUUUCCCGUGUUUUUCGGUGGCACAGUAGUGUCGGCUGAUAAUACGAUAAUUAGCGUUCCAUCAUUGCAGUUGAUUUACUUCGUUACCGCCGACACACCGAGACAAGAUGCAAGAGGCUCGGCAUGGGAAGAAGCAUUUCUCGCUACAAUGGCAAAGGCAGUUGACAAUGGAUAUUUCAAACACAUAUUCGUUGCUAGAUUUGCAUCGCGUACAUUAGAUCAUGAACUUGAACGGAAUACGCGAAGUGUCAUACCAUAUUUUACAUCGACGUUUGUUUUGAUGGCUGUAUUUAGUGUAAUCACCUGCAUGAUGGGAGAUCAAGUUCGUUCGAAACCAUGGUUGGGCCUGUUAGGUAAUUUAUCAGCUAUAAUGGCUACAUGCGCUGCAUUCGGUUUGGCAAUGUACUUAGGUAUCGAAUUUAUUGGAAUAAAUUUGGCGGCACCGUUUCUUAUGAUAAGUAUCGGCAUCGAUGACACAUUCGUAAUGUUAGCGGCAUGGCGACGCACUUCAAUGAAACUGAGCGUUCCCGAACGCAUGGGCCUGAUGUUGUCCGAUGCAGCUGUAUCAAUUACAAUUACGUCUGUGACGGAUAUGGUUUCAUUUUGGAUCGGUAUUUUCAGUCCAUUCCAAUCGGUACGAAUUUUCUGCACGUACAGUGGAUUUGCUGUAUGCUUCAUAUUUGUGUGGCAUAUAACAUUCUUCGCUGGUUGUAUGGCUUUGUCUGGAUACUGUGAGGAGAAGAAUUUACAUUCGAUUUUCGGAUUCAAAGUGCAACCGAUGUCGGUAGCUGUUAAAGAAAAGCGCUCUUGGUUCUAUAAAAAGUUCGUGGCUGGCGGAAUAGAUCGCACCAGUCCAGACAGUAACGUUGACAACAAGGAACACGCUCUAAUGAAAUUCUUCCGUGAUAGUGUUGCUGGAGCCAUCAACAAACGUUGGGUCAAAGCCCUAAUUAUCAUUACAUUUGGAGCAUACCUUGCUGGUGCCGGUUAUGGUUUAACGCAAAUGAAAGAAGGAUUGGAAAGGCGAAAAUUAUCCAAAGACGAUUCGUAUUCGGUUAAGUUUUUCGAUCUGGAAGAUGAAUAUUACAGAGAAUUCCCAUACCGGAUUCAAGUAAUUUUGACUGGCGAUAUGAACUAUUCGGAUCCGAAUACUCAGAAAGAAAUUGAAAAAGUCAUGACGAUUUUAGAGAGCACAUCGUAUGUUACAUCAUCGAUGUACACUGAGUCUUGGUUGAGAACGUUCCUCGAUUUCAUCGACAGAAAUCAUGAGUUUUUGAAUAUAACCAUCAAUUCCGAACAGGAUUUCAUUGACGCAAUGAGAAAUAACUGGCUUUUCCCUGGGCUUCCAUAUUCACUCGACGUGAAGUUCAAUAAAAAUGGAACUCGCAUUGAGGCUUCACGAUUUUUAAUCCAAGCCGUUAAUAUAACAGACACAAAUCACGAAAAAGACAUGGUCAGAGAUCUGCGACAAAUAUGCAGGGACUCGUCGCUAAACAUAACCGUUUUCCAUCCAUAUUUUGUGUUCUUCGAUCAAUUCGAACUGGUACGACCCACUUCCAUACAGAGCAUGGCUAUCGGAGCUAUCAUCAUGAUGAUCAUCUCGUUCAUAUUCAUACCAAAUUUCUUGUGCUCGUUGUGGGUGGCAUUAAGUAUUUUAUCCAUUGAACUUGGUGUGGCUGGUUAUAUGUCAUUGUGGGACGUCAAUCUUGAUUCCAUUUCGAUGAUAAACUUGAUUAUGUGCAUCGGAUUUUCGGUGGAUUUUACGGCACACAUUUGCUACUCGUAUAUGUCAUCAAAAUCUCCACGACCAGACGACAAAGUCAGAGAGGCUCUGUACUCCUUGGGCAUGCCGAUUAUGCAAGGUGCAGCGAGUACUAUUUUGGGAUGCAUUGGCCUACUACUAGCCGACAGUUACAUAUUUUUGGUAUUCUUCAAAAUGAUAUUUUUGGUCAUCUUUUUCGGAGCGAUGCACGGUCUGUUCCUAUUACCGGUGCUGCUGUCCCUAUUCGGACCGGGGUCAUGUACUUCACAUGAAGAAAUCGAGGCCGAAGAACUAAAAUAUGAAGGCAAAAUGGUUCCGAUGGAAAAGUCAUUCAGUCACGCUUAUGUGAUACCACAUCCACAGUUAGCAUUGUCGGGACCAUUCGGUAGCAAAUCAUUCCUCGGUGCUCCAUACAAGGGUUAUGGGAUCGAUGAUAAAGAUCAGGGCAUUGGUACAUCUGGCGAAGAUUCCAGUGAAAGCAGCAGCAGUAAAUCACAGCGGCGUCAAGCUAUUGAAGACGAAAAUACUAGACGCCGAUAUGAAGAGGGCUGGCGUCGAUCAUCAUCCCAUAAUCUAACCGGCAAUGGUCUAGCUCAAUUCCAACCAUCGAUAGAUCUGUUUGGCGUUGAAACGAAACGAAUAUGGCCGGUGCAAAGCUACAACUAUGAUGCCGCUUUCUUACCAGCACAGCGUCAAAGUGGCUUUGAAAUGGAUCGUGAUUUGGAGCGCCGAAAAGCCGACGAGAUUAGUCGUAAUAAGCGUGCCGAUGAUCAACGAUAUUUCGAUGAGCAAGAUGCUCGUUACUAUCCCGAAGAAAAUCGUCGAUAUUCGGAUGAUAGAAAACGAAGGCUGAGUGACGAAAGAAGGCCGCGAAAAUACUCACCACCGGAAGGUAUUUACCGCCCGAAUCCCAAUCGUUCAUCAUCACAGCAUAAUUUAUAUUAUCCAAGACAGCCGCAACGAUCAUCUUCAUACCACAGCAUACAUCAGUUAAAACACACAGGAGACAUUCGAUUUCCAUGACACAAUUCAUGAUUACAAUUAGGUUAUUUCACAUGGAAAAUCUCGGAAUUGUACUUCGGUACGGUUGUUCAAUUGUUUAAUUGAUGAAUUGAGAUUGCCCCGUGUGCACCGGAUUUAGGAAAUUUUCUUAGUUAAUUCUCUCUCGCUUAAAAUUUUUGUGUGCUGAAACAAUGUUUUCAGGCUACCAAAAAACAAACUUGUGCUUAGGUAAAUGUGAUGGGCGUGAAUGUAUUUUUUAUCAGAGAUUGGGUGAUCACCGAGCUAAAUUGUAUUUUCGAUCUGCACGACACAAUAUAGUUUACUAAAAUGUGGAUUAUAAAAAAGUAAACGAAAGAGACCAUAAUACUAGUUAAGGAUGGCAAUUAAUUUAAUGAACUUCUUUUUGUAAGAUAUUUUUACAGUAAAUUUUUAUUUAAGUUUUUGCAGCUAAGAACAUUAUGAUAAAAUGAACCUAGGUACCUAAAAUGUAAAAAGUCCAAAAUAA